UCGCUGAGCGGGUCCGUAUAUUGUCAGCGCGCUCUGGGCGACUGCUGAGCCAGGCGACCGCCGAGCUUGCGGCGAUCCCCGUCAGGUGCCCAGUAAAGCCAAUGCGCCCAGGUCCGGCGGGGCAAGAGCAGCCGGCGGUUCCGGGCAACUUGGGACUGAGGAUCUGCAGCAGGGGCGUGGAUUUGGCGUCUGGACUGGGCCAGGAGGCCAUUAUAUGAUACAACCGAAAGAGACUGUGUUAUGUAUGCAGUGACCGGAUCCGAAAACCAGCUCAGAAAAGCCCAAUUACACGUAGUAUUUCCACCUGGCAGUGAUAGUCCACGCCUUUGAUCCCAGCACUUAAGAGACAAAGCUUGCAGAGAAAUAACCGAUAAAUGGAAGAGCAAAGUGUCUGAUUUGAAGAUGCCCAUAUCAAAUCAUUGUACCAGGAAACCUUUUCCUGCUGUUUCAAAAUGGGAGAUUGUACCUGAGUGUGGUGGCACAGGUCUGUAGUCCCAGCACUCUGGAAGCUGAGGAAGAAGGAUCACAAGUUCAAAGCCAUCCUGGACUACAUAGUACAACCCUGUCCAAAUAUGAAAGAAAAGGGUGUAGAUGGAAGUCCUCUAUGAGUGUGGAAGCCAUUAACAGAGUAAUUGCUGUCUGUUGCCAUGACAACCAGUCGCUGCAGUCACCUGCCCGAAGUCUUGCCAGACUGCACCAGCUCAGCUGCGCCUGUGGUGAAGACGGUGGAGGACUGUGGCAGCCUAGUGAAUGGGCAGCCACAGUAUGUCAUGCAAGUUUCAGCCAAGGACGGGCAGCUGCUGUCAACAGUAGUGCGGACUCUUGCCACCCAGAGCCCCUUCAAUGACCGGCCAAUGUGCAGAAUCUGCCAUGAGGGCAGCAGCCAAGAGGACUUACUCUCUCCAUGUGAAUGUACUGGGACCUUGGGGACAAUCCAUCGGAGCUGCCUGGAGCACUGGCUGUCAUCCUCAAAUACCAGCUACUGUGAACUCUGCCACUUCAGGUUUGCAGUGGAGCGCAAACCCAGGCCGUUAGUGGAGUGGCUUAGGAACCCUGGCCCCCAGCAUGAGAAGCGGACUCUGUUUGGAGACAUGGUGUGCUUCUUAUUUAUAACGCCCCUGGCUACCAUCUCCGGCUGGCUGUGCCUUCGGGGCGCCGUGGACCACCUGCACUUCAGUAGUCGACUGGAAGCCGUGGGACUGAUUGCUCUCACCGUGGCACUCUUCACGAUUUACCUCUUCUGGACACUAGUGUCAUUUAGGUACCACUGUCGAUUGUACAAUGAAUGGCGUCGGACCAAUCAGAGGGUGAUUCUCCUCAUUCCAAAGUCUGUCAACAUCCCUUCUAACCAGCAGUCCUUGCUGGGGCUCCACUCAGUCAAGAGGAACUCAAAGGAGACAAUUGUUUGAUGUCUGUGGGGUCAGAUGGUGGACUCGUUGUUGGGGGUUUAGAAGUCUCUGCACUGGGGCCAUGCGCUGAGCCACCCCAAAGCCCUUCCCUCCGUCUUUGGGUCUAAGAACAUCUUACCGCAUCGCAUCGCCUGAGUAAGGAACUCAGCCAGAAGGAAACAAUGCUGUUUGACUUCAAAAUCAUGGAUGCUGCACUCAGAUGACACUCGCUAAGCUGCCAAACAUGUCUAUCUAGCAGAUACUGUAAGGACUUUCUGAACACCUCUCUAACAUACGAGGAAGGUAGUCCUGCUGAGGAUGCAAUGCAAUUCUUCCUUUUUUAUUACUAUCGCAAAUAUAUAUAUAUAUAAAUGUAUAAUUUAGAUGAUAAUCAAAAUUGAAAAGCCAAUGUACAAACUGGUUUCUUGGUUUAGAUGGGUUUUAUUUGGGUUAGUUUAUUCAUUUCCCCGUUUCUACUGUGGAUCUUUGGUGGCUAACUUGAGGGCCCGAAUGGUCUUUUUCAUCUCUUUUAUGUCCCUUAUUCAAGGAGACAGCAUAAUUACUGCAGAACAAGUCACAUUUGAAGGGUGUUUUGUACUAAACCUCAUUCAGUUAUUCAGUUUUUAAAAGGGAAAAAAGGUGUGGCAACUCACCACACCACGCGGUGAGCUGUUUACUUAAAUAUUAAGGAGGAAGUCAUGGCGAGAUGCUCCCUCCUUUCAACUUGUUUGGUACUGACAGCUGAUAGAAGCUAUUUUCUAAUAAUAAAUAUCUGGUGUGUGAAAGACAA